AUGAAAUCUAACAAAAGUCUUUCCCUUGUAGACUACUCAUCAUCUAGCCAAAGUGAGGAUGAUGAAAAAAGUACUGUAAAACAAUGUAAAAAACCAAAUACGGAAGUCAAAAACAAAUCAGACUCACAAAAUCUCAAAGAUUUCAAUGCUAAUACCAGAACUGAACAAGAUAUCCACCAAAUAAGAUCCAAACUAAUAAUUGAGAAAGAACAUGAGGAUAGUGAUGAAGAAGAUGGAAUCAAUAGCCUCUCCAAUAUUAUGAACCUGCGUAAAAAAAUGGAAAGUAUAAUAGGAGAUUCAGUUAUUGAGUAUCCAGUAAAACACUAUGUACAGUUCAGAAAAAAUGAAGAUAUCCCAAAUCAAGAUUUAGAAGAAAACUGUAAAAUAAAACCAGUAACGACUAUAUCUGUCUCUAAUAAAGGUAAUCGGAUGAUUUGUGGUGUGAUUAAUGGAGAAAUUGAAAUUUAUGAUUUCAGUAAUUUAUAUGAAAAUGAUAUGAACCCAAAUAAAGUUAUUUGUCCAUUAGAAAAUCAUUCAAUACAGAAAGUUGAAUUCAAUGAAAAUGGGAACCUUUUUCUUGCAGCUUGUGGUGAUUCUGUAUGUAGAAUCUUUCAAAGUAAUGGUGAAUUUAUUACAGGUACCGUACAAGGUGAUCCAUAUGUUAAGUCUGUUAAAUCAAAUCCUGGACAUACACAUAUGAUUCUAAACUGUAAAUGGGACCCUGGAAAUGCUAACCGUUUCUUAACUUGUUCAAUUGAUAAUACAAUCCGUCUUUUUGAUCUUAAUAGUGACCCAUUUGGAGUUGAUAGAUAUAUUCCAAGUACAUUUGUUAUGAAAUGCUUAGAUAAGAGAAAUUUAAACAUAUCUUCCAUUCAAGCAAAUUCUUUGUGUAUUUCUUCUUUUGGAGAAAAAGUUGCAGUUUCUUGUACUGAUGGAUCUAUUCAAAUUUUUUCAAGAAAUAGUAAUUCAUACUCGGAAACUCCUUCCAUUAUUAUUAGGGAUGCACAUAAAUUUGACAAAAAUGCAAACAUUAAGAGCAUAUCUGAUAUCACUUUUGUCAAAUAUAACCUGAACCAAGAUACUUACUUAGCAAGUAGAGGAAUUAUUGACAAAUCUGUAAAGAUUUGGGAUAUCAGAAAGACCAAUAUUGCUUUGAAAACAAUUAAUAACCUUCCAAGUGAUGGAAAUGAAAAUUCGAGACUUGUACUUUCAAAAUGUGGAACAAAUAUUGUUACAUCUUCAACUUUGAUUAAAGAUGAGAUAAGUAAUGUUAAAAACAGCUUCAACGGUAAAAAUAUCAGUAAUCAUGCAAAAAGUUCCUUGGUUUCAUUUCAAAUAGAUUCUCUAAUAAAUUCAGCUGAAAGUAAUUUUCAUAAAUUAAUUACUCUUAAUAAUAAGGUCAUUUCAACAUUUGAAUGGUCUCAUGAAAUUAAUCAAAUUUUUGUUGCUCUCAAUAACUCAAGUAUUAUUGCUUAUUAUGAUGAUCAACUUGAAAAUAAUCCAAGUAAUAAUGGAAUUCUAUCUGCUUUUGGAAAGAAAAGAAAAUACCAAUUCCAAGGAUUUUCCAAUGCAUCUUUGGAAACUUAUAAUAUUGAAGAACUUCCAGAUGGUUUUAAGGAGACUAAGAGUGGGGAAAUUAAAUAUGUUGGGUCAAGCUUAAAGAAGAAAUCCAAAUUGUAUGCUCCAAAGCAUCCCAACUUAUAA